AUGUUACGAGAAUAUAUGUCAACAUUGACACCCAGAUCACAAUCUGCUUUGGUCAAUCUAUUGGUUAACAAAAAGAAAAUGAUUACACAACAAUCGAUUGCCAAGGUUAUGACAGAGACUGAUAGAAAAUACUUCUUACCGAGUGAUGCCAAAGAUAUCUAUGAUGACAUUCCUCAGCCAAUUGGAUUCAAUGCUACACUUUCCGCUCCACAUAUGGCAGGUGUCAUGUUAGACUACUUGGCCAACCAUCUAAAGAGUGGAGCCAAUGUUUUAGAUAUUGGCUCUGGUUCCGGCUAUAUCACUGCAUGUGCAGCCAAGUUGGUUGGUAAGAGUGGUCAUGUUGUUGGUGUCGAUCAUAUUCAGGAAUUGGUUGAUCAAUCCAUUCAAAAUGUAACACUCGCACUCAAAGCAACCAACCAAUCCGAUCUACUCGAGCGUAUAACACUCACCGUUGGCGAUGGAUUCCUUGGUCAUCCCGACAAACAGCCAUACGAUGUAAUCUAUGUUGGUGCUGCUGCAGAAUCAUUACCAGUUGAUUUAGUUAAACAGUUAAAGAUUGGAGGUAGAAUGGUCAUUCCGGUUGGACCUGCCAAUCUCUUCCAUCAGUUGUUGAUUGUCGACAAGUUGGAGGAUUCAAGUAUCAAGAUUAAAUCAUGUGGUGUUGUAAGAUUCGUACCAUUGACUUCAAAGAGUCAACAACUACACAGUGGAAAUCAUGCCAAUGCAACAAAGGUAUUGGAUCUCAAUGGUAACAAGUGUUUGGUAAGAGCAGAGAUUAUUCCUGCUCCAGAUUCACAGGAAUUCAAGAACUACGAAGAGAAAUAUAAUAAAUUGAUUUUAGGUAUCAAUAGCAAUUCUUAA